AUGGAUUCUGCUUGUGCCAUGAGUUCUGUUCGUCAUCGUCAAUUUAGAAAGGCUCCUGCUAUACUGGGAUUUGAUGUUCCUCGUGAUGCUAAAAGUGUUCCUGCUCCUGCCGUUGGCGUUGCUGUUCCUCGUGACGCAGAGGUGGCUUCUGCCGUUGGCGUUGCUGUUCCUCGUGACGCAGAGGUGGCUUCUGCCGUUGGCGUUGCUGUUCCUCGUGACGCAGAGGUGGCUUCUGCCAUUGGCGUUGCUGUUCCUCGUGACGCAGAGGUGGCUUCUGCCGUUGGCGUUGCGCUUCCACAUGAAGUAGAGGUGGCUGUAGCCAUUGGCGUUGCUGUUCCUUGUGACGCAGAGGUGGCUCCAGCCAUUGGCGUUGCUGUUCCUUGUGACGCAGAGGUGGCUCCAGCCAUUGGCGUUGCUGCUCCUCGUGACGCAGAGGUGGCUUCUGCCGUUGGCGUUGCUGUUCCUCGUGACGCAGAGGUGGCUUCUGCCGUUGGCGUUGCUGUUCCUCGUGCCACAAAAACGGCUCCUGCUCGUGUCAUUGACUCAGCUGUUGCUCUUGACACUGAAAUGCAUACUCAUGUCAGUGACAUUUCUUUUCCCUCUUACUUUGCUGCACCUAGUGACAUUGACUCUUAA